GAUAAUCGAGAAUUAGUUAUAGUUAUAGCUAUAAUUAAUUAUAGUAGAAGGAAGGUUCCUAUAUAUAUUAUUUUUAAGAGAGUAUACUAUUUUCGCGGACAUUUUUUACGGAUACUUAAUGGUGAUAUCGAAUUUAUAUACUUUCCUACUAGUUUUAUAAAUAAUCGCCUGGGUUUAUAA